GCAAGGGUGUCCGUCUCCACGCGGACGGGCUGCGUAGGGACUCGUAGGGACGGGUUCCGGAUGCUGGGCCCGGCCAGUCCCCUCUGUCCUACCCAUCCCUUCCCGAUGGCGCUUGCUUUCGCGGGCCGUCGGGGGAGACCGGGAGGAGAUUGUGGGACCGCCCUCCUCUCCCUUUCUCCACUCGUGGGACCUACACGGAGACUGGGUAGAGGAGAGAAGCGACGGCACCAAGCUUUGUGUUUGUUUUUGUAUUGUGGAGGGAAACAGCCAUGCUCUGCUACCCUCCUCUUACUGGAGAGCUGUCAAAAAUUUUGGGGAUCCCCUAGCCCCCCGCGUUUAGUCCCCCUGCCGAUAGAAAAUUGAGGCCAAAUGUAGUAACGAACUGGGGCAAGGUCACACUGGGAGUGGCAGAGCCGGGAUUCGAAUCCGGAGGUUUCCUCCACAUCAGCACUUCCUUCUCUCCUCCGCGCAGCCUGAACUGAUGCCCCUGUAGCCUGUAUUGAUUCCGGCUCGAGCCUAGAGAGGACGUGUUCUCUGGACUCAGGAGUAGCCACGGGGGAGGACCCCAGAGUCAGGAGUGAGAACCCUGACCCCUAAUCCCACUGCAUCCAGCCAAUAGGAGCCCAGCAUCAUGGCGGAGCUGCAGGAGGUGCAGAUCACAGAGGAGAAGCCACUGCUGCCAGGACAGACGCCUGAGGCGGCCAAGAUUCACUCUGUGGAGACACCGUAUGGCUCUGUCACUUUCACUGUCUAUGGCACCCCCAAACCCAAACGCCCAGCGAUCCUUACCUACCACGAUGUGGGACUCAACUAUAAAUCUUGCUUCCAGCCACUGUUUCAAUUCGGGGACAUGCAGGAAAUCAUUCAGAACUUCGUGCGGGUUCAUGUGGAUGCCCCUGGAAUGGAAGAGGGAGCCCCUGUGUUCCCUUUGGGAUAUCAGUACCCAUCUCUGGACCAGCUUGCAGACAUGAUCCCUUGCGUCCUGCAGUACCUAAAUUUUUCUACAGUAAUUGGAGUUGGUGUUGGAGCUGGAGCCUACAUCCUGUCCAGAUAUGCUCUUAACCACCCGGACACAGUUGAAGGUCUUGUUCUCAUCAACAUUGAUCCCAAUGCCAAGGGUUGGAUGGAUUGGGCAGCCCACAAGCUAACGGGCCUCACCUCUUCCAUUCCGGAGAUGAUCCUUGGACAUCUUUUCAGCCAGGAAGAGCUCUCUGGAAAUUCUGAGUUGAUACAAAAGUACAGAAAUAUCAUUACACAUGCACCCAACCUGGAUAACAUUGAAUUGUACUGGAACAGCUACAACAACCGCCGAGACCUGAACUUUGAGCGUGGAGGUGAUAUCACCCUCAAGUGUCCUGUGAUGCUGGUGGUAGGAGACCAAGCACCUCAUGAAGAUGCAGUGGUGGAAUGUAACUCAAAACUGGACCCCACCCAGACCUCGUUCCUCAAGAUGGCUGACUCUGGAGGUCAGCCCCAGCUGACUCAGCCAGGCAAGCUGACUGAGGCCUUCAAGUACUUCCUGCAAGGCAUGGGCUACAUGGCCUCAUCCUGCAUGACUCGCCUGUCCCGGUCUCGUACAGCCUCUCUAACCAGUGCAGCAUCCAUUGAUGGCAACCGGUCCCGCUCUCGCACCCUGUCUCAGAGCAGCGAGUCUGGAACUCUUUCUUCGGGGCCCCCGGGGCACACCAUGGAGGUCUCCUGUUGAAUGACCCUUGUUGCCCUAGUGUGGGACCCAGCCCUCACCUCCCCCAGAACUAACCUGGGAGGUGCUGAAGGGGCAUUGGGCCAGAGUAAGCAAGGGAAAAAGGGCAGAUCAUGUGGGGAGAUGACCUUGAUCUUUGAUUGCUACCCUAACCUUGACCUCUAACCUGUGAUUCCCCCCAGCUCCUGAAAGAGAUGUCCUAAUAUCUCUUAGGGACCCAGACCCCUAAAUUCUCCUCCUCCCCCAUUUUGGUGUUAAGGUGGAGAGGGCAUGUAUCCUCUGUCCUGAUCUAGGUGUCUGUAGCUGAGGGGUAAGAGGUUGUUGUAGUUGUCGUGGUGCCUCCAUCAGACUCUCCCUACUUAUCCCAUAUUUGCAAGGGGAGGGAUUUGGGGCUGGGACUCCAUUUACCAAAGCUGAUAUGGCUUCUCAUUAACCCUUUAGGACUCUGAAGGGUAUGGACCUACAUGAAUGUGUGUCAGGGGGAGACUUGCUGGUGGGUUAGUGGUCCUCAGGAUGUGAUAGAAACAUCCAGGUGUAAAAAGGAAGUUGGAAUGGGAAUUGGUGGGCAAUGAACAAGUGUCGGGGAAGGACUGGUGCUGGGGAAACAGGAAGGGGCCUGGGGCCAUUUGGCUGCACUAACUUUGGUAGCUCUCAGUGUGCAUCUAGAGUGGGACUGGGGGGGAGCUAAGCUUGGGCUGGGCUACUUGGGGCUUGGCAUAGAGGUGGAAAGGGCUAUCCUGGGGCUCUGACCACACUGUAUUAUGUGUGGAGGGUGCCCUCCUGUCUCCCACAACUUCUGCUAUAACAAUAAACUGUAGAUGAAUUUGA